UUUGUCCCGUUAGGAUCUACAUCCCCGAUUGAACUCUGCCCCGGCAUGUUAUCUCCUUUUGUCGUCUUGACGAUGUGUGAAAUGUGAUUUAGAAAAAUGAUUUUGUUCCAACCAUGUAUUCUUCUCUUCGUGCACACCCUCGCAUCAGGUUUGUCGAGUCCGUCGUGCGACGAAUUGGAAGAACGCGUUGCUGAAGCGGACCAGAUGACAGAGAUCAUCUUUCCUCCGCCCUUGGUUGGAAAAUGGGUUUCGGAAAAGUGCGAAGUGCUGGAAGGGCCCGAAUACGUUCUACGUUCCCUUGUCUAUUUUGAAAACGAGACCUUCUCCCUUUUGGUGCACAAGUACACAGACGACAGUUGUACGAGGCCGGCGAGGUCUACAGUCCUCAAAGGGCGUUUCAGCAUCAGGGGAAAGUCGUGGACCACCCCAGGUUCAACCCAGUGUGAUUAUAUUCUCGAGAGGGUCGACGUUAUUACGCAUACCCAACAGGCGGCAGACGAGUGGACGGCGUUGCUAAAUAGGUCUUGCCCGGGUUCAGCAAGGAAAAAACUCCGCCCACAAAAAGAGUAUAUCAUCUACAACAGCCAACCCACUCAGGCUAUUCCUACGCAGGAGGCAGAUAAAGAUUAUAAAGAUAUCGUCGGAGUUGAUUUGGCCUGCCUGAAGCUUGCCGGGAUAAGCCAGCCGGAAGUGGGUUUGGUGAGGGUGCAGAAAAGACCACCCGGCCCGCCCGACCCUCGGUCUUCGAGGGUAGAAUUGUUCCUCGGGGAGACGAGGCAAAAAGGGACCUCGUUUCACACACCGCUCCUCAAGUUAUCCCAGAUUGCUGAAUGCGAGGUUUGCCUACAGAUCGAAAGAUCCAGCAAUCGGGCACCGCCCAUUCUGACAGCACCACCGCGACUCCAUCCUUUCAUGAGUGGUGAAUGGGUCUCGACAAGGUGCGAAACUCGCCCGAUGGGGCUCUUCCUCCGACGGCGACUCAGGGUAUCAGGGCGAACCUGGCACGCUGAAUUUCGCUUUUUCUCCGACCCCAAAUGCCUUACGGCGACAUUGGUUGCGGCGGCUGAAGGGCGUUACACACCAGCGAAAAUCGCCGGCGGGGGGAACGCACGAGUUCCAGGAGCGGUGGAUUUCGAUUUCAUGGUUGAAAGAGGUUUCCUCACCCUCCACGAUAAAGCUCUCGUUGACAGCUUACAAAAAGACAAGAAGUGCGGCCCACCCGGUGCCUGGCAGAUAAAUGUGAAACGGGAUCUUACCCCAUCGAAAGGCUGCGCUCCCUUGGGUAUAGUGAUCCCUACGACAGAGUACGAGCUGGUUCGCCUGGAGGUGGACCUUUCAGGCAACACUCUCCUGUUUUUGGGCCAUUCAGACCGAGGUUCGAAGAAAGGCGGCGUGAAAAAGCGGCCGACCGCCUUCCAGCCACCCCUUCUCCAGUGCAACGCCCCAGAGUUGCCGCCGCUCACGCACUUUCUCAACAGCUACAACGCAGCGGCUGCCUUCAGCACCGCCCGGCUGCUGGUUGUCAUCCUCGUUCUUUUCCAUUUGUAAAAGACACUCGAAUUGUAAACAUAUUUGAAAGAAAUUAACAUCAAUUAUUUUCUAUUUCAAACUGGAUUACGAAUUCACUUUUUACCCCUUGGAUGUAUACUGUACAAUGACGGAUGAGAAAAUAUUGAUUUUUGUAACGUUCAUUUCUUACCAGUUGAAACGAUAGUUACCUUACACCAGAUGUCGAUAUAAACGAAAAUUUACACAGCAUAGAUUCUUGAUGUACUAGAUAUAAAAAAAUUAAAUACAAAGCAUUUUGACGAUUAUGAUCUGAGUGAGAGAAAUGAGUAAAUGUGUGAACUCCCAGCGUUGAACUUUGUAUGUUUAGGUGAACAUUCCUUCUCUUCACAGGGUUUCAAUCCUAAUGGCGGUCAGUUCACAAACAGGAUGAAAAUAUCCCGAAACCGAUACAUUUUUUUGAACGCCAUUUCAUUUCAACAAACACUUUUUAACGUACAACCCCAUUUAACUUCGCAUAAUUCAACAUAUUUUUUUUUACUUAAAACUUCAUGAACUGUAAUUAUUUUCAUUAUUCUUAC